CUUGCGGGCACAUAUUGAUUUAGGCACAUAUAUGAAUGGGCACAUAUUUCAUAUUUGAAUGGGCACAAAUUGGAUUUCCCAGUUACAACUAAACGGAUCCUAGAAAUGAAAUGAAAACUAGUUGUGCUUAAAUGACGGGGAAGAACCUUUCCAUGCCGCUUCUCAAAUACGACGACAUUCUCCGUCGCUAUUUAGCUUCCAAACACAACAAAUUCGGUUUAUGUGCCUCAACCAUCACCUUUUGCCUCAAAACUUGUCUUUCCUUAGGAACUCUAGAAUUCGGAAUAGGGGUUCAUGUUGAUUCCAUCAAGCUAAAUUUCAACUCUGAUUGUUUUGUAGGUUCUUCUCUCAUUCGUUUAUACUCACAAUAUGGAAAAAUCAAAGAUGCACAUAAGGUGUUUGAUGAAAUUACCAACAAAGAUAUUUUUGCUUAUACUUCCAUGAUCACUGCAUAUGGUCACUCUGGUGGUUCAUGUGUUUAUGGUGCUUUUAAUACUGCUUUCAUAAUGCAGCAACAAGGGAUGCUUCCGAAUCGAGUAACGUUAGUGAGUUUAAUGCAUGCAGCGGCGAAAUUGAGGGCGUUACGUGAGGGUCAAGCGGUUCAUGGUUAUGCUGUUAGGAGAGAAAUUGGUUUGGGUGAUGAUGUUUUUGAGACAACCCUUUUGGAUAUGUAUCAUAAAUGUGGUGGUGUAGGGUUAGCUGCUUCGGUUUUUGCAAAGAUGGAUGCUCGGAAAAUGACAAAAGUUGGUUCCUGGAAUGCGUUGAUAGCGGGUUAUCUUCGUAAUGGACAGGCUUUAGAAGCUUUUGAGCUUUUUCGUCGAAUGAUGUGUAGAAAUGUUUUGCCUGAUUUGUUAACAUUGGCCAAUGCUAUUUUUUGUUGUGUUGAAUUGAAUUAUUUACGUCGAGGGAUGAGUAUUCAUGGAUAUAUGAUCACGAUGGGGGUAGAACUUGAUCUCGUGGCUUCGACUGCUUUGGUUGAUCUAUACUGUAAAAUUGAUAUAACCAAAGCUAGGAAAUUGUUUGAGAGAUUGGGGAAUAAAGACGCUGUUGUAUAUAAUGUCAUGAUGACUGGUUAUCUUGAAAAUGGGUUACCUGUGGAGGCGGUAAAUGUUUUUCGGGAAAUGGUCAAGACGAAUGCUAGUACAAAUGUGGCUUUGUUUCUUAAUUUGAUUUCUGCAUUAUCAAAACUGAGAGACAUUAGAUUAGUCAGGUCUAUCCAUGGUUAUGUAUUGAGGCAUAUGCAUAUCACGCAUGUGGAAAUUGCAAAUCAAAUUAUUCAUGCCUAUGCAAAAUUUGGUUAUGUAGUGGAUGCAAGGGAAGUCUUCAAUAGGAUGAGAACAAGGGACUUGGUUUCAUGGACUUCAAUGAUAAAGGGUUAUGUUUAUCAUGGCCACAUCGACAAAGCCAUUAUUUUGUUUCGUUUGCUGCAACGAGAACAUCUAAGUAUUGACUCUGUUACUCUAAUUGGCCUCCUUCAGGCAUUAUCCCAGCUUGGGUGUCUAAGUUUUAUCAAGGAAGUUCACUGUUUCAGUUACCGUUUUUUUCAUGGUAAAGAUUUGUCUGUAAAUAAUUCUCUUAUAACUACGUAUGCUAAGUGUGGAAAACUGUGUACGGCUAGAUACAUAUUUCAGCAAAUGACAGAACGGUGUCUUACAUCGUGGAAUGCAAUGAUAGGUGCAUAUGCGAUGCAUGGAAACUAUACAGAGGUGUUAGAACUCUUUGAUCAUAUGAAAGCUGGAAAAGUUACCCCUGAUGAAGUGACUUUCACAUCAAUACUCACUGCCUGCAGCCACUCAGGAUUGGUAGAAGAGGGUCUACAGAUUUUUGGGAUAAUGAUGAAGGAAUAUGCAAUAGUUCCAAAUGAAGUUCAUUACAGUUGUAUAGUAGAUUUAUUAAGCAGAGCUGGUCGACUUAGAGAGGCAUACAAUCUGGUCAAAAGCAUGCCGUCAACACACAGCUCUGCUGCAAUGUCUGCUUUGCUUUCUGCUUGCAGACUAUAUGGGGAUACAGAGAUUGGGGAGGCUAUAGGGAAACAGAUAUUAAAAUUGGAACCACAUAGUUCAGGUCCUUAUGCUUUAGUAUCAAAUAUAUGUGCACAAGGGGGAAGAUGGGAUGAAGUAGCCCAAAUAAGGGCCAUGACAAAGAAUACAGAAUUCAAAAGUACUCCUGGAUAUAGUGCAUGUUUGGAUUGACAACAAGUUUGGCGGAACCUGGUGAGCCAAUGUGAUUUUGACUAAAGCUACACUUUGGAGCUUCAAGGAAAUCGUAAAUUCAUUGUGAUUCCGAACAUGCAAAUACAACUAGACAACUAGCAUAUGAGAUAUGAAUGAGCCAUAUCCUUAUAGAAGAGUUUUGAUAUAUAUGGCCAUUGAUAUUAGUGGAUGGUAGGGAACUAGUAAUAUCAAAGUGAGUGAGUAUAAAGAGGAUUAUAAUUGAAUGUCUAGAAAAUGGGGUAUGGUUUUCGACAGACUUCUUAACGCUGCACAGUGUAAAUGGGCAUCAAAAGAUCAAUAACUUUGAUUGCAGAAUUGGAUGAGAUACGUUUUUUCCUUGACGAUUUUGACAGAGUACAGGUAGGCAGUGGUCCAAUAAUUAGUUUGCCCCUACCAUGCCCCCUUCAUGUGAAGUGUUCUUGGCUUGAAGUGUGGACAAAAACUGAUAAAUAGAAAAUGACAGUGACAAGAUUGAACUCUUUCUCAUUUGUAAAAAGAAUCCCUGGUAAUUGUUCAAAUUCUCUUGAUAUCUUGUUUCCGACGAUGUUAUAAUAUAUUCAAAGUGGCAGAGAGUACUAGAGCACCAAGAAGACCCUAAAACAACAGAAAGUUAUGGUGUAUGAGAUUUUUAGCAGCAGUUAGCAUGUUAGAUCAGCAUGGAAUUGUGUUAUUCAGGCUUAUAAUUUAUUUUGACUACUUACAUUUUGGUGUUUGUUACCAUGGAAGUGGAAGUUUGUUUGUAAACUUCUCAUGCGUUGUGGGGUUUGUUUCAUAUUCUUUCUACCUGUCUAAUAUUUGUGCAGCUUCCAAAUUUGUCCUGAUAAACGGAUCUUUAAUGCUCUUAAGCUCGAUAAUAAUGUUUCAAUAUUAUUGACUA